AUGCGUUGGUUUCAUCGGCACAGUAAAAAAAAAUAUGAUCAAUAUGAGACCUAUGGGAUUCGUGCACCAAAAAAGUCAAUUCUUCGAUCAAGUUCUCGUAUUAAUCCCAAUUUGAAUUCGUUAGAAGAUAAAACUUUUGAUUCAGAUACUGCGACUAGUGUGUCUCUGGUUAAUCUACGAUCUUCACCUUCGGAAGUCAGGCGUAGAUUCCAUCCAACAAGUCGAUCAUCACAUUUAAAUGGUAGUGACCAAUCAGAUAGUGAAAAUGAUGAUCAUUUAGGUCGUGGUCAUAGAAGCGUUUUGUUUCUUGACCAGGUUGCAGCGCCGGAUCGAUAUCGCACAUCAAGAGUCUUAGAUUUUGAUUCUGAACCAAGUAAUUAUUCCACAGUUAGCCGUAGGUCGCCAUCAUUUCCUCGAACUAUCAGUCCAUCAUCAUCAUCAUCAUUAGCCUCCUAUCCAGCUAAUUAUGAACCAUCACCGUUAAUACGUAAAAAGAAUUUUGAUGAUCCAGGUAUUGAGCUAGUCAGUUGUAGUCCGCUUUCGUGUUCAUCAAUGAAUAAUCGCCAAGAACACCACCAUCAUAAUUUUAAAAUGCAUAAAAUUAAACCAGCCAUAAAACGUCUAUCCUAUUUGAACGCAUUUGGUAGAAAACAUAGAGAUUUGAAAAGAGGCAAUCUUACACUGAUAUUAGAUCAGGAAUUGGAUGGCGUUGAUGAUGGUAGCAAUAACGAUGAUGAUGAUGAUGAUGACAAAUUACCACGUCUAGAUACUCUGAAACUGUCAUCAAAUGAUUCAUAUUCAAGUGAUGUACAUGAUAUAUUGACUGUACCAAAUUAUGGAGAUGAUUACUUCUAUAAAAAUAUUCGGAAAAAUGAAUUAAAUCAUUCAAGAAAUAUUCUAAAUGAACGAAAAGGAACAAUUAUCAAGAUUGAUCGUCAUAAAUCUGAAGUUCAUCAGUCUGGAUUCAUGUAUCAUCCUAAUCAAUUAAAAGUUAAUUCAAAAUACAAUUCUAAUGGUAUUGAUUUCAACAAGAAAAACUCAGCACAAUAUCGUUCAUCCAAUUCAGAACGCACUCCAACUGGCAGUACAGAAACAUUAGUUGAUUCAUCAAGAAAAUCAUCAUCAGAAAUAUCCGUCAUCCAUAUAGAUGAACAAAGUAAACUAUCAUACACAGGUUAUUCAAAAACUGUACAAAGUUCUAACUCUUAUCACAAUCGGGUGGUUGAUACUAAUAAAGAUGGUUGGAAAACAGUGUCAGUUGACCAGUCACAAAAACACACUGGUAAUAAUAAUAAUAACGAGCGAACGGCAAAUCCACAAAGUCCUCGAAUCAUUUAUGUAUCUAAACGGAAUGAGAAUAAUAGUAAAUUAUCUACUAACCCGAAUAACAUUUCUAUUUCUGGAUUAUCUAAUUCAAGUACAUUGGGAGCAUAUUCAUCACACAAUUAUGAAUCAGAUCAAACUCAAAUGAAUCAAUUUAAACAUUCUAAUCAUAUUGUUUCUCCAGUUCGUAAAACAAAUGUGGUUACUAUUCACUACAGUGAUAACGAUGACUGA